CCCAUUUAAAAUUGUCACCAAAAUGGAACGCUCAACUGCUGGCUCACUGGCAUUUAUCCAACUAUCUGCCAGCCGCCAUCCGCUUCUCUCCACUGCACACCACUCAUCCUCUGGCGGAUUCCACUCCUCCAUCCAAUCUACGUCUUGGUUGAGCUAAGGAGCUUGGCCUGUAACUGGCAGCAUGUUUCCUGCUUCCUGCUCCUUGCUUCUGUUCUUCUGUUCUCCUGUUGAGCUUCAGUUUCAGGCUGCACUCGCAAUUGCAGUGGCUUUCGUGCUGGGAUGUUAAUUAGAAAACUCUUGAAAAUUAUUAAAAACUUUCCGCGUUGUCAGACAGACAGGAACAAAGACAGAGAGGUGGAUACAGUGAGAGAGUAAUAACCCAAAGAGCUGCCAACUUAGUGGGAAAUUUCGUGAGAGAGCUUUGCUAGUAGAUGUUUGUUGAUGACUUUAUGAAAUAUCUUUUGCUUUGAGAAGAAAUUGGUGGCGUGUACGUAGUGGCGGAGAAACUCUAUAAGAACUCUGGGGUUAAAAUUCAUUUAUUAACUUUGCUUAAAUGCUGAAAUUCGAAGAAAAUCUAGAGGAAGAUAGUCGAACCAGAGGGGACGAUUGUGGACGAUUAAUUGCGACAACAGGUUUAUGCAUCUGUGGUUUCGUUAUACUAUCUGUGGCUUAUUUUAAUCUUAAGUCGCAACGUAAGAGGCUUCCGCAUUUCACAACUCGCUAAUCCCUCCAGCCCUUGCAAUGAGAAAUGUCCCAUUCAACGCGACCAAUGAACAUGAUAUCUCUAAUAGAUCUCAUCUCAAGUGUCUGUCUCAGUCUCGGUCUGGCUGGCAUCUGUGCAUCGCUCACUUAGCGCCUUUUAUUAGUGCCAAUUAAGAAUGAUUCCGAGCUGUUUUCGAGAUGAGAUUACAGCCCCUGUCCGCCACGAACCAGAUAAGCGAUCAGCGAAGAAUCUGUGGCGAGUGGGUUUGACAUUGUCGCACUGCUCUGGAAGUAUCCACGUAUCCGAGCAUCUCGACUGUGAUUAGUAAGUCGCGCCACCUCAAGGCGCACAGUUCACGCGAAACGAAUCUGAAUAUGGAGGUCACGAAGGCUACGAAACCAACGGAGCAGUGGGACAAUGGCCUGGAGUUCCUUUUCUCGUGCAUCUCCCUGUCCGUGGGCUUGGGCAACAUCUGGCGGUUCCCGUACAUUGCCUUCCAGAACGGCGGCGGCACCUUCGUCAUUCCGUAUCUGAUUGCCCUGCUGGUGAUUGGCCGUCCCGUGUAUUAUCUGGAGAUAGCCUUGGGCCAGUUCACUGGCCGCGGAGUGGUCAAGGCCUUCGAUAUGGCACCCCUGCUCAAGGGCGUGGCAGUGGGACAGGUGCUGGCCACGGGGGCCUCGAUUACCUACUACUCGAGCAUCAUGGCCCUGACCCUGAGGUUUCUGGUGGCCUCCUUGGGCUCGGAGCUGCCCUGGAGUCGGUGCUGGGAGAAGUGGGGCAGUGAUUGCCAUGAUGGAAGCAUCGUCAAUGCCACGGGAAAGAUGUCCCCCGCCCAGCUGUACUUUGAACGUGAGAUACUCCACGAGGUCCCCAACAUUGACAAUGGCCUGGGCAUGCCGAACUUGGAUCUGAUCGGAUGUCUGGCCGUGUCCUGGCUCAUCAUUGAAGCAGUGCUGAUACGCGGCAUCAAGAGCAGUGGCAAGGCCGCCUACUUCCUGGGCGUCUUUCCCUAUGUGGUGCUCCUUGUCCUUCUGUUCAGAGCUGUAACCCUCCCCGGGGCCAUGGAUGGCAUCAUUUACUUCUUCAAGCCGCAGUGGCGGCAGCUGCUCGAUCCACUGGUGUGGUAUGCGGCCGUCACACAGGUCUUCUUCUCGCUGGCCAUCUGCUUCGGGACCGUGAUCACCUAUGCCAGCUACAACAACUUUAACAGGAAUGUCUACAAGGACAUCGUGAUCAUCACCACCAUGGACUCUUGCUCCUCGAUCAUCGCCGGCUGCAUUACCUUUGGUAUUUUGGGGAAUCUGGCCAAGGAGACGGGAAUCACAGAUAUUGGCAGCGUUGUGAAGGGCGGGGCCGGUCUGGCCUUCAUCUCGUAUCCGGAGGCUAUUGCCCGGUUCGAGUAUGUGCCACAGAUGUUCGCGGUCCUCUUCUUCCUCAUGCUCUUUGUCCUAGGCAUUGGCAGCACCGUGGGCAUGGGCACCUGCAUCCUGCGCGUCGUCCGGGAUCACUUUGGGCCACGUACGACGCCCACAUGGGCUCUGGCCAGCUGUCUGACGGUCGUGGGUUUCGGCGUGAGCAUCGUUUACAUGACGCCGGGCGGGCAAUUCAUUCUCAAUCUGGUGGACUUCUAUGGCGUGUCGUUUACAGCCCUGAUCCUGGCCAUUGGCGAGCUGGUGGCCGUUGCCUGGGUCUAUGGCGUCCAUCGCUUCUGUGCGGACAUCAAGUUCAUGAUGGGCAUCGAGACGGGCUGGUACUGGCGCCUCUGCUGGCUGUUCAUCACGCCGGGCCUGAUGGCCGCUGUCCUCUUCUACAUGCUGCUCGACAUGUCGCCCCUCACAUAUAAGGGCGUGGCCUAUCCCGCUUUAGCUCAUGUUUUCGGCUGGUUCUUGGCCGCAUUGGGCCUGGUCCAGUUACCAGGCUGGGCAUGCUAUGCCCUCUACAAGCAACGCCACCGCCCCGGCAGCUUCUUGCAGAAGCUACGUGCCGCCUGCCAGCCAACGGACACUUGGGGACCAGCCAAUGCACAGAUGGAUGUCAGCAGCUAGAAAAUGGGGUUUCUCCAUUGCCUCACGCUGCGUAUACGUAAUGCCAUAAAGUAUGGUAUAAAUAAAAAUAGUUUUAAACAAAAAACAAUGAGAGCUUAGGAGUUUUAGGAAUCCAGGCAGGAUGCAGCUGCUAAUCCUGCUGCUGGUGCUGCAAGCACUUUUAAUUACCUCAGGGCAUGGCUCCAGUGGGGCUGCAAAUGGGGCGCGGCUGUUGCAAUAUGUACCACAAAUAUGUAGUUGUGUGUGUGCUUAAUGUUUGUGUUUGACUGUUUUGGAAUGCCAGACAUGUCAGCAAUGCAGAACUGCGCAAAUACUAAACGGAAACAACAGAAAUAAAGUUGAAAGAUGCGGGUCGAAGCUCUCAAUACCCUGGUAAAUGAAAACAUGCAAAAAUAGAGAUCGUUUUCGGGUGCAAUUGUUGCUCAGACAAUGAAUACGCACAAACUGGUAUAAGAGAUUCGUAUCUAUUGGAUCCUCGAUACCCAAAGUCAAUAGCCGCCUGGACGGAAGGCGGAAAAGAUGAAAUGGUGAUGGAGUAAGCUGAAGAGCGUGCUUAAAUAAAACAUUCUGUCAACUGUU